AUGACUCCUUCCCGCAGCCUUGGUGCCCACGCUUCCAUUCCCAUUGUGCUGCACUACGCUUGUUGUAACCUCCCAAGGCGAUACCGGCCCACAUACAUCCUAGUCAUCGCGGCUCAUCGAGAAGCCACCACCAUGCCUAUCCUGCAGAUUACUACUAAUGUGCCCAAGGAGAAAGUGACGCCAGAUGUACUCACCACACUCAGCAAGAUGAUCGCUGAGAUGCUCGGCAAGUCAGAGGCUUACUGCAUGGUUCAUGUUGUCCCAGACCAGCUUAUGACAUUCGGUGGCACAACUGAACCCUGUGCAGUGGCCUUAUUCUGCUCCCUUGGCAAGCUGGGAGUGGAGGAGAACAAGAGUUAUGCAGCAAAGCUCUACCCCUACCUGGAGACAACCCUUGGCAUCCCCAGUGGCAGAAUGUACAUGAGUUUCCGAGACAUGAAAACUUCAGAAAUUGGGUACAAAGGAACAACAUUCCAUGAAAUUCUUGGCCGUUAA